GAGGUUCAUGAGCUUUAUGGCAUCAACUUCAGCAAGAGAACACAGAAGUAGUCUCCGUGUGUCUUUGUUCUCUUCACAUUUACUGGAACGUGUGUGUGAGAGUGUGAGGUGUGUGUGUUAGAGACAUAGAGGAAGAGAAGGGAGGAGAGACCAGUAGAUUCUGUGGCCCCAGCUUCAGCAAUCCUUCAGUAGACAGAGCAGCCUCCCCUGGAGCAUAGCUCUGAGAUGAAGUUCCCCUGGAAAAGGCGCUUGGCUGCUCCUCUGUUCUUCCUCCUGGCACUUCACACCUCAGCCUCUCCAGCUUCCAAUGACCAGCCUGCCAUGGGCCACUCCAGCAGCCACGCCUGUGUAGGAUGUGUGCUGGUGAUGUCUGUGAUUGAGCAGCUUGCUCAGGUCCACAACUCUACAGCCCAGGCUGCCAUGGAAAGACUGUGCAGCUACUUGCCUGAAAAACUGUUCUUGAAAUCAACCUGCUAUUUAGUGAUUCACCUGUUUGGAUCAGACAUCAUAAAACUGCUUAGUGCAGAUAUGAAUGCUGAUGUGGUGUGCCACGCUCUGGAGUUUUGUAAACAGGACGCUGGCCGACCAUUGUGUCAUCUUUACCCACCUCCCAAGGUGGCGUGGAAAUUUACACUAAAGAAGGCAAGACACAUUAUCGAGAAAUCCCAGACUCUGAAAUAUCCUCAAAGUAAUUCCGAUAUUUGUUCGCUUCCAUUUUUGGCCAAGAUUUGUCAGGAAAUUAAAUCAGCUCUAAAAAAUUCUGUGCCAUUCAAAGAUGCAGACUCAGACAAAUACAGUGUUUUCUCAUCACUGCGGGGCUACCACUGGCGAGGGAGAGAUUGCAACGACCACGACAAGACGGUGUACCCGGGCAGAAGGUCAGACAACUGGGAUGUACAUCAGGACUCAAACUGUAAUGGCAUUUGGGGUGUUGAUCCAAAAGAUGGAAUUCCAUAUGAGAAGAAAUUCUGUGAAGGUUCACAGCCCAGGGGAGUCAUUUUGCUGGGAGACUCAGCUGGGGCUCAUUUUCACAUCGCUCCCGAAUGGAUCACAGCGUCGCAGAUGUCUUUGAAGUCCUUCCUCAACUUACCAACAGCUCUUUCUGAUGAGUUUGACUGGCCCCAAUUCUCUGGCGUUACUGGGUUUCUGGACUCCACUAGUGGAAUUAAAGAAGACUCUAUUUACCUUCGUUUACGGAAAAGAAACCACUGCAAUCACAGAGACUACCAGAAUAUUUCAAAAAAUGGUGCAUCUUCCCAGAACCUGGAGAAAUUUAUAGAAAGUUUGUCUAGGAACCAACUGUUGGACCACCCAGCCAUCGUCAUAUAUGCCAUGAUUGGAAAUGACGUCUGCAAUGGGAAGACUGACCCAGUCCCAGAAAUGACCACUCCUGAGAAAUUGUACUCCAAGGUCAUGGAGACUCUGAAGUACCUAAAUUCCCACCUGCCUAAUGGCAGCCAUGUUAUUUUCUAUGGCUUAGCAGAUGGAACCUUUCUCUGGGAUCAUUUGCACAACAGAUAUCAUCCUCUCGGCCAGCUAAAUAAAGACGUGACCUACGCACAGCUCUACUCCUUCCUGAACUGCCUCCAGAUCAGCCCCUGCCACGGCUGGAUGUCUGCCAACAAGACUCUCCGAACUCUCACUUCUGAGAGAGCAGCACUACUCUCCAGAACACUGAAAACAGUUGCAACCCGUGAGAAAUUUACAAACUUCAAUCUCUUCUACAUGGAUUUUGCCUUUCAAGAAAUCACAGAGGAGUGGCAGAGGAGAGGGGGGCAGCCCUGGCAGCUCAUCGAACCCGUCGAUGGAUUCCACCCCAGUGAGGUGGCUUCGUUGCUGCUCGCAGAUAACUUCUGGAAGAAGGUACAGCUCCAGUGGCCCGAAGUCCUGGGAAAGGAGAAUCCGUUCAACCUUCAGAUUGAAAAGGUGUUUGGAGAUCAAGGGGGACACUGAAUCCCUCAGGAACACCCACUCCUGGGGAGCCUAAGGAGAUAGAAACUUGUAUAAAUUCGUCAACUCAUUCAUUAACUGAUUAUGGGGACUGCUCUUUAGCAGUACCUUUGCAAAGUACUUCAGUCUUAGUUAAGAGUGUAUCUGAAUUACAGUGUGAUUCAGGGUGCUUCUGGGAUUGCUUCCCCAAUUUCUCAUCAACUGUCCCUCAAAUAACCUUUAAUAAAGUAUAUUGGGCACCAUUCCAAAUAAGAGACUGUUGAUGCUCUGUAACAUCUAAGUCUUCGAAAAGAGGCUUCUAGAAAAGAAAAGUACAUAAAAUGGUUAGCAAUUUACCCAGGGUUCUAGUGUGCUGGGAAACUGAUCCUUCCCCUGUUGGUGGCUUCUGAAAGAUGGCCCAGCCACUUUGAGACUUCUCCUAGAAAGGCUGUAGCAGGCUCCCAAGGACUCUCACAAGUAGGUACAGCCCAGGUUUUGUGAUGUCCUCCUUAAAAAGAGAAUAAAAAGUUAUAAAAAAAAAAAAAAAAAA